AUGGCACGAUCAAUCCAGCCCCCGCUGCCCCUGUGGGCGGGCGACGCCCACCCCACGCACCCCGUCCAACCACUCUACCUGCCCUCGACGCCGCCGUCGACCCCGCGCGGCGGCCACAUCGCCAGCGGCCGCAACUCGCCGUUGCCUUCGUCGCCACUAACGCCGCUCAUUGCGCGGUUCCAGCGGCUCGCGGACGCGGUCGCCACACACAUCCGGCCGCACCUCCCCGCGAACCGCGCCAAGGUCCGACACCUCGUCGCGAUGGGCUUCCCGCACUUCGAGGCCGUGUGGGCCGCCAAGGUCGUGCGCGGCGACGUGCGCAUGUGCGCGCACUUCUUGCUCGAGCACCUCGAGGCCGGCGGGACAGGGGACCGGUACGCCGGCUGCGAGUGGUGCGAAGCGCGAGCCGCGCGCGACGCGGCCGCGUCGGCUGGCGCUGGCGCAGUCGGCGCGAGGGACGCAAGCCCGGCUGCCACGGCAGCGGCCGAGGCCAAGGCCGCCGAGGCCGAGGGCUCGUCGCGGCCUACGGCUGGCGCCGGGGCCGGAGGGCUGCACGCGCGCUCCUUCUCCCUGCCCACCGCGUUCCGCGGCGGCAUCGACCUCCAGCGCGAGGCCGAGAUCGACGCGCACUCGCAGGCCGAGCGGAUAGCGUCCAGCUGGCGCCGGCGUCCCCGCGUGCGUGCGCGUUUCGCCGGAAUGGAACCAGGCGCCGCUGGCGAGGGGGAGGCCGCCGACGGCGGCGUGAUGCCGGCGCCGCGGCACGGCCACACGCACACGCUGAGCGACGUGACUACCGCCUUGCCCGGGGUGCUCGCGGGCCAACCUCAGCCGGCGCGUCCGGUGCCGCUGCGCUCCGUCACUGCGCCGGCGUCUGUGCCGGCCGCAGCUGCGGCUGCGCCGCCUCACCGCCCGACCUUCACCCUCAACGACAGCACCGACUCCAUCGACCAGAUUGGCGGCACCGCGGGCGAGCAGGACACGGUGUGCGCCGACGACGGGUGGGCCACCGUGCCCGGCAGGAAGCGGUAUCCGUGGGGUCUGGAGCUGUAG